AUGUCUUUCCUCACCAAGAACGUCAUCCGCCGUGCGGCUCUCGCUCCUCGCGUCAUUGCUUUUCAAGCUCCCCGAACAUUCACCACUAGCUUCGCCCUGCAGCGAACUGCUACCGAUGCGGUCAAGGACACUGCCAAAAAGGUCGACCGCGUCGUGAGCGACAAGAUUGUUGACGGCAUUGAGGCUGGGGAGGAGGCCGCUGCCAACGUUACCGGAAAGGCCCAGGAGCUCAAGGGAGACGCUGCUGCCAAGGCUCAAGAGCUGAAGGGUGAGGCCGCUGGCAAGACCGAGGAGCUCAAGGGCGAGGCCAAGGGUGCUGCUGAGCAGGCCAAGGGCAAGGCCAAGGGUGCCGCUGAGGAGGCUAAGCACAAGUUGUAA